UCCAUGCUCCCAGAAGGCUCAGGCCUCCCGAAUACAAGAUACCAGCAAUAAUACAACUCAUAGAUAGCUAGCAAGCCCCUAUGUUCAGCCAGAACUAGAGCUAGCUACCCGUCGAUCGACCAUGUCGUUGUCCUCGAGCUCCAACGACACGCUGCCCUACUCGGCCAACGGCGGCAGCUACAGCACGCACGACACCUUCGCGCUCCUCGUCAUCGGCUUCAGCGUCACUGCCGUCUGCGUCCUCAUAAUCGCGCUCUGCGACUGCCUGUGCUGCCGCCGCCGCGGCGGCAGCAUCGUCUUCGUGAGGGGCCGACCGUUCUUCGUGCGUGGAGCCGGUGAUGGUGGCGGCGGGCUGAGCCCCUCCGCCGUGGCCGCGCUACCGUCGUUCCUCUAUCACAGAGGCGUGGCCGUCGGCGGCAGCAGCGACGUCGAAGGUCGUGGAGAAGGCGGCGGAAGCGGCCGCGGGUGGGCUCAGUGCGCGGUGUGCCUCAGUCUAGUGCAGGAAGGGGAGAUGGUGCGGCAGCUGCCGGCGUGCAUGCACCUGUUCCACGUUGGCUGCGUCGACACAUGGCUGCAAUCACACUCCACUUGCCCAUUGUGUAGGGCCACGGUGGAGGCACCUUCAAAAGACCAGGUGCCUCCGGUGUGACUGGUGAAAGAUUUGUGCAGAGUUUCUGUACGCACUGGAUAUUAGAGAGUAGGUUUAUGUCGUAUUUGUCAGCUGUAGGUAUUACAUGAUGACCGAAAGGGCUCAGCCCCAAACUAGUUUAAUUUACUUGUGUUGUGUCCUUUU